AUCAGGUUCUGAGUUGCUCUCUACUCUCUCGUCCACUCCAGACAGUCUGGCACCGUCGUUCCCCGCAAAAAUUAUAACUCUGCUUCAUCUUGUAUUUUUAGCUAGGACAUUCUCUCCGCCAUGUCCUCCAAUAUUCCGCGUCGAACGACCAGGACAAUGACAAAAACGAUUAAGGAAAGCGAGAAUGCCAAUGCUAGACCGUCUAGAGUCACGACCCGUUCGAAGGCAGCAUUAGGCAGUUUGGCGACAGGUGUAAAAUCAGAUGUACCGACCGCACGUUCGGCCGCUGCCACCACAGCUUCAUCAAGAGCAAAAGCGGUUGAUACUUUACCUGAGAAGUUAACGGUAGGAAAGAGGAAGAGAGAAAUAUUGGCUGAGGUUACAGAAGUGAACAAGGGUAAACCGAAGGCGGGUGCUUCCGCGAAAGGCAAGGAGAAGGCCGAAGGAGACUCGUCCAAACCUGAAGUUCGGACCAGAACUAAUGGGACGUCUGCAAAAGGCACACGGGUUGCUCUUCGAAAGGCAGUAGUGUCGACAACACGUAGUACUCGGAGAGACCCAGCGGCCUCCAAGGUCGUGGCGUCGGGAGAAGACGCAAUUAAAAAGAAAACAACUACUCGACCAUCAGAGCUUCCCGUUUUUCAUCUCAUUCCACGUAACGAUGAUGAACCGACUGUCCCCCUUCCUGCUAUCCCCGAAGACGACACCGAUCGUCCCAGAGUCUUCAAGAAACGCCAUACCGAAACUGAAGAUAGAGCUCCGGUGGUGAAAGUGCCUAUAGUCACAGAACCACCUUCUGCCCCCGACGUCUCACGUUAUGAGGAAGAAUGCGUCGUUACAGAACUGGUCAUGGUUGGCGACGACGAUAAUGAUACCGGGAUGUGGGAUGAUCUAGAUGCCGAGGAUAUGGACGACCCACUUAUGGUGGCGGAAUAUAUUCAAGAAAUUGCCGUCUACCUUAAGGAACGAGAGCAAAAAACCUUGCCUGCGGACAGUUAUGUCACACAACACAGCGAUUUGGGAUGGGAGGCUCGUGCAUUGGCAUUUGAUUGGAUCAGCGCCAUCCACGGCAGAUACGACUUCCUUCCCGAGUCCUACUUCCUGUUUGUCAAUAUCUUUGACCGUUUUCUGUCUUUGCGAACCUCAGUUCCGGUUACGAAGCUUCAGUUGGUAGCCAUCUCGGCCUUUUGCAUCGCAGUCAAGUUCGAAGAAGGUGUUAGUCCUUCUCUUCAUGAGCUGGUCAAGCUGACCGAAGAUACGUAUACCGCGGACGAGAUAUGCAAAGCAGAGAGAUACCUCUUGAAGACCAUCGGCUAUGAUCUGAGCUUCCCGGGCCCGAUGACAUGGCUGAGGAGGGGAAGCAAAGCCGAUCUCCUCGAACCGCGUGCGAGAACUAUCGCAAAGUACCUAUUAGAGGCUGCUAGUUUCGAUGGUCACUUGGUAGCGAUUCCUCCCUCUUUGCAGGCAGCUGCUAGCCUAUGGUUUGCACGGCUCAUGCUACAUAGAGAGGAUUGGAACCCAAAUAUGGUGCACUACACGACUUACAAAGAACGAGAAGUUGUACCAGUGGCGAACAUGAUCUUGAAUUACUUACUCCGGCGGAACCAAUCGGAAAAUCUGUACAGGAAAUAUGCCUCGAAGAAGUAUUACAAGUGCAGUGUUUUUGUCCGCAAAUGGGCUCUGAAUCUCGGCGAGGUGGACGCAGACAUAGACCUCGUUGGGCUUCUUCCUGCUAUAAAGGCCGAUAUCAUGGAACAGAGGGUGGCGAGACUAGCCGCCGAAGAGUAUUACUCUGACUGAUGUACCUAUCGAUAUCUCUCCUUUGUUACCUGCAUCAUCUUUCCCUUGCUUAACUUAUGUACCCUCAUUUCGUCGUCACAAGUGAUACCUCACCUGCACCUUGUAUUUCUCCAUUUUCCUCAUAACAACCACCUAUACUUCAAUCGUUUUGUGAUACAUCCUACACUCCAAUGUUAACUGACAAUUGGCUAUAAUGAAAUGUCAUUUCUGUAUACACCAAUUCCAA